CUCCUUAUUCCGCUUCAAAUCUCUCCACCCAAAUUCGAAGCAGUGAAGUAGGAAUAGCAAUGGAGCAUCCGUUCUUCAUCCCCAACCCUAACCUGACGGAGGCGGCUCUGCGGUGGCUGAGCAUCGCCGAGAAGUUGCUUGCGAACCGUGACUUGAUGGGGAGCAAAUCGUUUGCGACCCGGGCGCAAGAGUCCGACCCGACCCUCGUUCACGGCGGUCAAAUCCUCGCUAUCAUCGACACUCUUCUCGCCGGCGAUAAGCUCAUAAACAAUCAGCUCGAUUACUACGGCAUCCUCCAGGUGCCGCCUGACCAGACCCAUGACUCCGAUUUGAUCUCUAAUCAGUAUCGCCGACUCGCCGUCCUCCUUGACCCUCGGAAGAACAGCUUUCCCUACGCCGACCAAGCAUUCCGUCUCGUGUUUGAUGCCUGGAAUGUGCUCUCCGACCCAAUGAGGAAAAGCAUGUAUGAUAAAGAGCUAGGGUUCUUCAUAAACCUCAACCCGAAUCCGGUUUCUGCCGCUCUGAACCCUAUACCCCCUCAGCAGCAGCAGCCGAAUGCUUUCACCGUCGUUUCUAACUCCGGGAGAGAACAACAGCAGCAGGCGCCGCCGCAGCAGAUGUUCUUCACCAGUAGAGAGCAGCAGCAGCAGCAGCAGUCGUUUGCCUCAGGGCAACCGCUAACCUUUCCGAGCCGUGAACCGGUUCAGCAGCACCCAGUUCAUCAGCAACCGGUUCAGCAGCACCCAGUUCAUCAGCAAUCAGUUCAGCAGCACCCAGUUCAUCAGCAACAGGUUCAAACAAUGGCCUUUCUGCAGCAGCCGUUUUCCGGCAGGGAUCAACAGCAACCGCAACCUCAACAGGCUCAACCGUUUACAUUUCUGAAUCGUCAGCAAAGCCCUCAGGUAACCUCUAUUCCCAGAAUGAAUGUAGAUAAACUGCCUACUGUCACCCCUAUGCCGGGUUUGAGUAGAGAACCACAUCCAUUUUCAUUUGGUCCUAGUUCUAGUCAUGCCCAACUACCGCAGGUCUCUCCCACUGAGAACUCUUCUCUGUAUGAUGAAAGGAAUGAGCAAAAUGUGGGUUUUGAAGGAAAUAACCUGUCUGAUGAUAAUGUGAACCAACCUAAAGAAAAAGAGGGGGAGGUAGAUGAAACAAACAAUGUUGAACUAAACGAGGAUGAGCCAAAGAAUGACAUCCCUAGCUUCUGGACUGCCUGCCCAUACUGUUAUCACAUGUUUGAGUAUCCUGAGGCUUAUGUUGACUGUACAUUGCGCUGCCAAAAUUGCAAAAUGGCAUUCCAGGCUGUGGUGAUUUCUUCUCCACCUCCAAUUAUUGAUGGUAAGGAAGCUUACUUUUGUUGUUGGGGAUUUUUACCCUUGGGAUUUUCUGUAUCUAUUUGGGAGAAAUACAAGGAUAAGGCAACAUCAUGGACUCCAUUUUCUCCCAUGUUUAGUACGCCUCAAGCCGGUGGGGCAAAUGUAGGAAAUGUGUAUCACUCUGUUGUUAGGCCGGGGAAUGUUAACAACCGUAGUGGAUAUGGUGGGAGUGGAGUAAAGAAGCAACAUCAGAAAGUAAUUGUUGAUGACGAUGUGUAUGUAAACUUACUAUCUGACUCUAAUGACGAGUCUGAUGUGGAAUGGAGAAAUGAGAGUAGUACGAAGAGAAAGAAAGCAAAGAGAGUGAAGGGAAAGGUGAGGGUGACUGGAACCCCGAAAACUACUAGGAAGAUACAAUCUGAGAAUGGAAAGAAUGUAAAAGCUAAUAAUGCUGGGGAUAGUUUUCAAAAUGGGCCCCGCAUGCCCGCUGAAAAGGUCAAGAAAGGUGUGGUGAACAACAUAAGGAGGCAAUCUGGCAGCGCUGCUAAAGGAAAACUGGAUUUGAAUGUGGAGUUCAGUAAUGAGGUUGAGGAGCCCCCACCGGUAAUGAAUGGACAAAUGGGAAGAGGAGAGGAAGAUGGAAUUGAAGGGAAUGGGUUUUUUGAGGGUCUUGAUGAAUUCCUAAGCAGUCUUCCUAUUCUCAAUGCUGUUGGUGAUGAGAAUAAGGUUAAGGCAGCUUAGUCAGGUUUAGACUUUCCCUUUUGUUGUAAUUGUAGCCCUCUAGUCUAGCUUUUGCCCUUUUUGUAUGUAGUAAGGGAACAGCAUAAGCAGUGUCCUGAUGGCUUGCUCUACUCUAAACAUUUGCAUUUUGUAUGUUUUUAUGAAACAGUGUAGAGCUGCUUGGAUGCUUAUCUUGAUUGUUUUUCUCCUGUAGCUUUUGCGCUACAAAUAAGGUGGAAGUCAAUCUUCUUCUUUCUGUUUUUAUUUUGUUUUAUUUAUUUUUUAUUUGUUGUAGUUGCAAUUAUCAGUUUAAUACUUUUGUUUUCUUCACUUGAGCGGUAACUGAAAAAGCUAGCAGCUUAAGGUGUUUUACUCUGUUAUAGCGUCCAUUUUUCUGUCUGAUAUUUUAGAUUACAAUUUUGCUUCUGUAAUACGGGGUAUAUCAAAAGGAACUACAUUGCCUUACUGUGGUUGUAUUUUGCAGGAACCAAUUGUCCACCCAUUGAGUUUUGAAUAGAAAGAAUCUUAUUUUAGCUGUAAUUACUUGAUUAUCUGAGUUCUUGUCUGGUAGAACAACUUAUCUGCUUAUCUGCAUACUAAAAGCUUGCUUUGUUUUUUAGAUAAAGUCUUUUAGAACAAUUGAACAACUUAAAAGAUUGGAAAUUUUUCUGUCUUUUAUACUGAACAUUGAACAAUACUUGCUACUCUUAUUUUGUAGAUUAGAAUAUCAAUCACAGGAUUCACAGAUCACUUGCAGUAGUUCUCAUUGUUGGAAAUUGGAAUCCCUUGUUUCUGAUUUUGUAAAAUGAAAAUUUUACAAGCAGUUUUUCUUUUUUUAUAUUUAUCUACCACUCAUGUCAUAGAACUACAAAACGGAAAAUUAGGGCCUGUUUAUUAACAGAGAUAUUUUCCGGUUUUUAACUUCUGUUUUUUGUUCUCCAAUUUUCUGUUUUUAUUUUUAAGUUUUUCUAUCUCCAAUUUUCUGUUUCUAUUUUUUAUUUUCCAUUUUCAAAUUUGAAAACAUGUUCUUCAAUUUUUUCACUCAGUUCUCCAAUUCCACACUCUUGACCCUUGCCCUUACCCUUACCACGAUCUCACACUCUACCCAUACUCCCCCACAACCCUUCAUACCCACCCAUACCUACUCGUAGGUGUUGGGGUAGUGGGUAGCGGUGGGGUAAGGGGGUAUGGUCGGAGUGGGGUGGUAAGGUCUAGGGGUAGGGGGGUUGGGUGAGGGUAGUGGGUGGGUUACGGUCGUGGUUAAGGGUAGGAGUUGGGGUAGUGGGUAGGGUUGGGGUAAGGUAGGGGUAGGAGUUGGGAUAGGAUGGCGGUAGG